GUUGUUGUUUGUGCUGAGAUUGCGAUUUUCCAUUAAAAGUGCAUUUAAUUGUGUUAAAUUAUAGCAGCUAUAACAAAUUUAUUUAAUUUCCUUAAUUACUUCGGUGCAAGGAGCACAAAACAUUGCAUAUAAUUAAUUCGACAUGUUGCGGCAUAGGAUAUCAUUUUUAUUAUUCAUAAUUUUGGGUUAUUUACUUAUAACAGACUGUCGCGAAACGAUACGCUCAAAACGUGCAAAGCGGCCACGUGCCCCAGAGCCAGUGAAUUUCGAACCUGAACCUCAACAAGAUUUAGAAAAUGAUGACAAUAACAGUCAAGAAAAAAAUAUACCAGAAAUACCGACUAAUUUUCUUAGUCCAUCAGUACGAGAGUAUUUAGAACUUGGAAAAUCAAUACCUGGUCGACCUGGAGUAGAUUAUCCAGUGCUCUCUGCCAUACCUUAUACGAAUUUCUAUUGUGACGAACAACCCUAUCCUGGAUUUUUUGCUGAUAUGGAAACAAGAUGUCAAGGUUGGCAUUACUGUGAUAUUGAUGGACGGCAGGCUUCCUUUCUAUGUCCAAAUGGUACACAAUUUUCGCAGGCUGUUUUUGUUUGUGAUUGGUGGUUUAACGUGCGCUGCGAUUUGUCACCACGUCUUUACGCCAUCAAUGCCAGAUUGUACCAACGUCCAAAAGUAAACCCAACAAGACCACAUCGUGUAAUUACAAAGCAAUUGGUGGAUGACAUUUUCAAUUAAUACCAGUAUGAAGAUUUUGAUUACGAACAGAUAUGAAAAAAAAACAACGAUUCGGAAUAAUAAACAAUAAUUUUAAUGAAAUAACAAGAAAUGAAAGCGACAUUCUAUAAAACUACACAACUUAAGAGAAACGGAGAGAAGAGCUGCAAUGGGUUUAAAAGUAUAUAAAUGUAUUAUAAUUUAGGAAUUAGUAUUUAAAGUAGUUUUUGUAAAUAUUUAUAAGCUUAUUUAAUCUGGUGCAAAAAAAGAUGUACAUAAACUUAUAACUGCAUCAUUAACUCUUUUAAAUUAGUUAACAAUUAAAAACAAUAUGGAAGAUAUAAAACGGCACAAAACUAUGAUUAAUAUAUUAAAAAGUGUAU